UUCUGUAUCACAAGACUGCUGCCUCGUGACUUUCCUGUUGCAUUGCUCGCACUAUAUGGCAUUAGCUAUACUUCUGUUUAUCGGCUUUGCUUUACAAACGACUUCUGGAAGUCUUCUGUGGAAACCAGACGUGGUUUAUCAUGCUAAAGGCUACAUCAACUUGCCAUAUGCAGACAUUGUGGAACCGUUCGAAGCCUGGUAUGACGGAAAGAACAUGCGCAGUCGACAGAGUUACUACGAUGGCAUGAACAACAUUUUUCAACGUCCAGAUCUGAAGCCAUAUGGGUUCACUUAUUCUGUUGUACCGGAGUCAACUAGUAAAGCAAUGGAUGCCACUGCCUGCUUUGGUGAGGAAGGAACCAAAGAUGAACCUGUAGACAGUAUUCAAACAAUCUUGCCAGAUACUACAAACUACAAGAUGAGUGGACCAGUGUCAUAUAAAGAACAAAAUUGUACAUUGUAUUAUUUGGAAGAAACUAGAGGAUAUAAGAACAACACGUACGAAUUAAUUGUGGCCACAAUGCCAGAAGGCAGCUUUCCGAAGUACUUGCACUUUGUUGGAUACGACUGGAUUUUAGGGUCACAUUACGAUGAGUAUGAAUUUAUUUAUGAUGAGUUUGAGUUGGGAAUUGAAAUUCCCUACGAAACAUUUGAUGUUCCUAAAGGCAUAAAAUGCCAAGAGUUUCUUGGCUCUCAGCAUCGUCUCAGUUCAGCAACUAAUCCCAUCGGCGAGCUACUUCAUGAUUCUGGGGAAGUUGACAAUGAAUUUGAGAAAUUUAAGACAAUGCAUGACAAAUCAUACCAUGAUCCCAAAGAACAUGAAGCCAGGAAGGCAAACUUCAGGCAUAACUUUAGGUUUAUUCAUUCCACUAAUCGGCAAGGACGACACUUUAAACUGGCAGUCAAUCAUCUUGCAGCUACAACUCAGGAUGAGAGAAGACGCAUGCGAGGAUAUCAUUACACUGGUCCUAAUAAUGGACUUCCAUUUACUCUAACAGAAGAAAUGGUGCAAGCAUUGCCAGCAUCACUUGACUGGCGACUGAUUGGUGCUGUAACUCCUGUCAAGGAUCAAGGCAUUUGUGGUAGCUGCUGGAGUUUUGGUACAGCGGAAACAAUUGAAGGAGCUCUGUUUCUUCACAAAAAACGAACCAUGAUGGUUGAAUUGUCUCAGCAAAAUUUAAUGGACUGCACAUGGCAAUAUGGAAACAAUGGCUGUGAUGGUGGUGAAGAAUGGAGGGCAUAUGAGUGGAUCAUGGCCAAUGGAGGAAUUGCUACUGCUGAUUCUUACGGCCCAUACUUGAUGGCUGAUGGACGUUGUCACUAUAAGAAUGCCACAGUGGGAACAAACAUUGCAAGCUAUGUGAAUGUGACUAGUGGUAAUGCAACUGCUCUAAUGGCUGCUCUAUUUCAUUAUGGCCCAGUUGCUGUCAAUAUUGAUGCGUCUCACUUAACAUUCUCAUUUUACUCAAGUGGAGUUUAUUAUGAUCCAAAGUGCAUGAAUGGAAUUGAUCAACUUGAUCACUCUGUGCUGGCUGUUGGGUAUGGAACACUGUAUGGUGAAGGAUACUGGCUGGUGAAGAAUUCUUGGUCAAAUCACUGGGGUGAUGCUGGCUACGUAUUGAUGUCAAUGAAAGACAACAACUGUGGUGUGGCAACAAACCCUACUUAUGUCAACAUUGAAUAGUCUUGCAAUGUAUUUGCAUAUUAUUGUAGGAGUAGUUGAAUGCGUGCAUGCAUGCAUGUGUUUGUGUCUGUCUGACUGUCUGUCUGUCUCUAAUAGGACUAUGUUUUCAUGUAGGCUAGUUUUCAUGAGUGGCUAGUUGUAGUCAUUUUGCUUGAAUGUGUGAUGGUACAGCUGCAAUGAUGUAUGAUUUUGAUACUUUCCAGUGUUUGAUUUUGUCAACUCUG